AUGAUCUUCCGGAACAAGACGAUACACAGCCAAGCUCCUCCUCCACAAAUGCGCAAGAGACGUCCUAUACUGAUCCGCCUCCUCAAGCAGAUGUUGACCUCAUCUCCGAGGCGGGAAGCCCUUCCCUUCGGCUUCGUCGCCGAUGUGCUCUUUCAGAUCAUCAUCAAUGGCGAGGUGAACACCAUCUUGACGCUCUGCCGGUUGAACCGCGCCACAUACGAGACCAUCAAGAUGUUGGAGCCGCAUAUCUGUGGCUGGUUUAUGCGCUUCCAUGCGCUGGAAUUCGACCCCAUUCUUACCCUUAACCCGUGGACGGGAGAGCAGAGCACACUAACUGUGCACUCCCUCGUAAGGUUCUUCCAGCGCCACAACAUCGCCAAGGACUUAUCGCGACAUAUUGUACCAUCAGUGUGGGGACCUUUCUGCGAUGACGGAACUCCAGAGAUGGACUUCGAAGCGGAGUUACGCCUUGCCAACCGGUUGGAACGAGGGUUACACGUCCUCUUUCACAUGGCCGACAUUGCGCGUGACACCGAAAGGCUGAAGCCUAGCAGGAAGCCACUGGCCCCUGUUGUCAGUGGGCGUCUCUUCGUGCUCGGCAAGAUGUUGGACGAGUAUGAUGAGCUUCCCCAGCACAGGAAACAGUUGAUGCCAUUCGAAGAGUACACCAACCACGUCUAUACGGUUCUAAAGUGGGGAUAUGUGGAGGCCGAUAUUGGCCGCAGGCGGCUAGAGUUCCGAGGAUGGCUUGACGAACAGACCGAGAUCGACUUUCACGCGUCUCUGCGAAUGUUGCGCGAGCUCAUGGAGCGUAUGCUUCUCCGCCACGGCCCCAAGGACUGGCACCGCGACGCCAAGAACGAAUAUAGCGUCAUAUCCUGGUUUCUCCUGAAACAACCGCCACGGUCACUGGCGAAGCUGUUCUUGAGUCCUCAGAACGACUGCUGCGAUCUUGAUGUGAAAGCUACUGAUUGCGGUGUUAGGAAGUGCUAUUUCUCAGACCCGCUCGACAACUACUGGAAAGCCUGGAAGAAUGUGCCCGACCUAGGCUGCCAGGAUUGUGACUGCAAGCGACGAGUCAGAAGUUGGAGCGUCAAGCCUGCACUCAUUGAUGCCCGAGGAAGAGAGUUUAAUCGUGCUGCAGAGCGAUACCUGAGGGAGAUGUGGAGUCAGCGACACGUCGGCCUCCAUCGUGCUUUUACCAUGGGCGUUUUCACCACACAUAUACCCAACUACCCAACAACCAUGGACCACACAGACCCCUUCCUCCAAGUCCAAGCCGACGUCCUCUCAACCCUCCAAUCCACACGACCUCUUUUCUCCUCCUAUCUCCGCAUUCGCUCCCUCGCCAAAUCGCCCAAUAACCCAGAGCUCCAACAAGCGCGCUCCGAGCUCGAGACCACCCUCACCGAUCUAACCGCGGACCUCGACGAUCUAGUCGAGAGUGUGCGUGCAAUCGAGCAAGAUCCAUAUCGAUUCGGUCUAGAACUGGAAGAAGUCCAGCGCCGACGAAUUCUCGUUAACGAUGUCGGUGCCGAGGUGGAGAAGAUGAGGGAGGAGUUGCAGAGGGCAGUUACAGCUUCGAGUGGUGGGAAGGGCACGACUGGUGCGCUGCCGAACCCGGCUGACUUUGAUAAUGUCUUGUCGCCGUCGGCGGAGGAUCAGGGAGAUGAUUACUAUGCUGCGAUGGAGCAGCAACGACAGAUGGAGUUGAUGCACGAGCAAGAUGAGCAGUUGGAUGGGGUGUUUCGCACGGUGGGGAACCUGCGACAGCAGGCUGAUGAUAUGGGGAGAGAGUUGGAGGAACAGGGGGUCAUGAUAGAUGAGGUGGAUACGUUGGCCGACCGGGUGGGCGGCAAGUUACAGAAUGGCAUGUCGAGGCUGAAAUACAUCAUACGGAAGAAUGAGGAUACAAUGUCAUCCUUUUGCAUUGCCGUCCUCAUAUUCGUUUUGGUCCUCCUUCUCAUCCUGCUCAUUGUUCUUUAA